UUAUUACAGUUAAAAUGAAGAUUUUACCAAGAUUUUUAUUCAUUUUGAUAAUAAUAAUUCCACUUACUAAAGCGAAAGCUCUUUUAGGGAUCCAUUGUAAACAAAAUGGCGACUGCACUCCCCAAAACUCAUAUUGCAACGAAACAUCCAACAGAUGUCGCUGCACAGACGGUUAUUACCCAGCCAAUGACAAAACUACAUGCGUCCAGUAUGCAAAAAAAGUAGAUGAAGCUUGCGAAAGAGAUGUUGGAUGCAAAUUUGUGGAACACUCGUGGUGUGAUAACCUCUUUUGUAAGUGCCGAUCUGAAGAAUUUCAAGCAAUAAAUAACGAAUGCAAGCCCCAAAGUCGUGGCGCAUGUAACGCUGAUGGAACUUGUAUAAACGUCGUCAUCAGCGGGGUUUGCAAUAAUGGUCAGUGCACUUGUACUGAAAAUGUUAACUACUUUGGGGCAAUGGAGUCAUAUUGCGCUCUUUAUACUGCACAUUUAUAUAAGUUCACCAGUCUUGAGGAGGGUUGUAAGAAUAUUCCAAAUUCCUACAAGAUGAUUGUACAUGGUGAGAAACAAUGUGUUUGCAAAUAUGGAUACACAUAUGAUAAGAAGAAUGAUAUGUGUCUCGCUGAUAUAGAUAAAAAUUGUCCUGAUGAUAGUUAUUGCAAAGUUGAAUAUAGUUUUUGUAAUGAUUGGCAAAAAUGCGAAUGCGAUUAUACUUACUAUCCAUCUACAAAUAAGACAAGCUGUAUUAAAUAUGAAAUUGGCAAACCAUGUGACCAGAACAAGAAUUGUGGUCCCUUACAAAACUCCAAAUGUGAAUCAAACAACUGCGUUUGCAUAGAUGGAGCCACAAAAGGAACCGACGGAGAGUGUUGGUUCCCCGACUCUUUAUCUUGCAAAUCUUCCGAGAAUUGUCCACCCGAUUCCUUCUGCACUUCAUCAUCAUGUAGCUGCAAAAAAUAUUUCGUCCAACACAACGAAUUCUGCUACGCAGUUCCUGGAACCGUCUGUUCCUUAACCUCCAAAUGCUUGUCUUCAUCCUACGCCAACCUUGGAACUUCCUGCAGUCUGAUUAAGGAACACAAGGAGAAGUACAGCUCCUGCAGUUCCAAAAAUGGAUUAACCACCUGCUGGAUGGAAGACUCCAAUGGCCAGUUAACUGAUUUUAGAGUGUCUAUUGGAGUUUCUAGAGAAUGGAUCUGCUUGGUGGAGCACCAGGAUGGAACCUCGGUUCUGGGAACCGUGUCUGCUUACGAAUCUAAGUGUAAUGUUCAGUGGAGCACGGCUAAACAAUCUUAUGAAAGCUAUAAAUUACUUGUUGACACCCGGAACCUGGAAUGGAACAAGAACUAUACCCUAGACAGCGCCGUUCUUGGAGGAACUGAAGGAACCAACUUGUUCCUGAUUUGCAGAACUGAAGUUAAGAUAGGAACUUAUGUUCUAGGAAGACUAGAACCUCCCAAUUACAAAAGGUGUCAUAUUAUUCAAAAUAGGGAUCACUUUCAGUCAAAGUUCCAGGUACUGACUGUAAAAGGCGCUCCCUGUUCCAGUGAGAACUUUACAUUUAUUGGAGGGAUUUGCAAGUGUUCAACAGGAUUCUACUCCUAUUUUAGAAACUGUUACAAGAUUCCUUCAAGACCCAAUGUUCCUGUUGAUUCCUUUAAAGAAUGUAGAUAUCUAAAGAAUACUGUCUAUUCCGGUGGAAAGUGCGUUUGCAAGAUUGGAUACUACCUAGAUGAUAAUCACUGCUCCAAGAUUCCAACAGGUUUGGAGGUUCCAUGUGAUCAGUGUCCAACUGAUUCUUCAUGUUUCGAGAACUUGUGCCACUGCAAUCCAGGAUUUUUAAAGAUGAAUAGAACUUGCUACGGGUUCAGUGGUUCAGAGUGUUCCAAGGAAUCUAAGUGUGCUUCCAAGUCUCAUUUAUGUCAAUCGGGAAUUUGUAAAGAAGUUGAAGGAAGAAAGGAAGAUGAUAAAUUUUGCGUAGGUUCCAUGUGCUGGAUGCCAUACGAUAGCAAGAACAAUACAGAACUUGGAGUUGUUGGUGGAACUGAUGAUACAGGGGAACAGUAUGUUUGCCGAUCAAUUCACGGAAGUGUUGCUAUACCUGGAGAAUUACGAGCUCACCGCUGGAUUCGGUGUCUUAUAGCCGUAGGAACCAAGUCCAUUUCAAGUGGAAAAUUUGACAUGCUGGUCAAAAACGAAAAUCUAACCUGGACCAAGUCGUUUCAACUGGAACAAGCUGUUCCUGGAGGAACCACCGAAGACAACAAGCCUUACCUGAUCUGCCGCUUGGAACAUGACGGGAUGCUCUACAUCGGGAAACUGGAACCUCCAUACAACCUCUGUUCCACUGGUGGAAAAACGGUUCUAAUCUCUUCCGACUUUGAAGUUCUUGUUGACAGUACAGUUCCUGGAACAUGCGUACCAGAGUGCUCUGCAGUCGAUUCUGUUUGCUCCGAUGGAGUCUGCCAAUGCAAGCCAGGGUUCUUUAAACACAACGGGACUUGCUACGGACUCCCCCAAGUAGAUUGUUCCAAAAGUUCAAAGUGUAUCUCCACAGCCUACUCCUGUGAAUCGAAUAAGUGUCUAAAGAUUGUCGAGGAACUGUUCGAAGGCGCUCAAUGCGUGAACAGUAGUAAAAUAUUAGUCUGCUGGAAGCUCUAUAAUGGAAAAAAUACUGAUCUUGUUACUACACAUGUAGAUGGCGACGCAAAAGAAAAUGUCUGCCGUGUAAAGUACGAAAAUCUUUUCUUACCAGGACGACAGCCGGAAGGAUUCGAGCAGUGCCUGGUACUUCUGGAUGACAAUGUUGAGGCCUUUGAUAAAUUUGAUGUUCUCUCGCCCAAAGACGAUUUAGGAUGGGCCAAGUCUUAUUCUCUAGACAAAGCCAUUCCCGCGGGGGAUUUUGAAGAAAAACCGUUGCUGUUCUGCAGAACAGAAGUGGAUGGCAGCGCCAUUAUUGGAACACUUGUUCCCCCACUCUACGACUUGUGCUACAUUACUUAUGGAUGGAAAAUGGCGGUGAAUGAUCAUUUUGAGGUUCUGGUUCAGAAGAAGAGUUAUUGGGUUAUAAGUUAAUUAUUUUGGUUUUGAUUGGUUAUGAUUUGAGAGGAAUAAAUAUUAAAUUACAUGAUUAA